AUGAGCCUUUUUGACCCGUUGGGCCUGCUGGCGUGUGUGCUGGUACACGGGAAAAUAAUGAUGCAGAAUAUUUGGCGUAGCGGCAUCAAAUGGGAUGACUUUGUCGACGAAAGCGUCUACGAAUCGUGGACGAAAUGGAUUAGCCUGUUGGAUGAAGUCAACGAAGUUCGGAUUCCAAGGUGUUACUUCGAGAACGCGAGCACUGAGCUGUACCGUUCGUUGGAGGCCCAUGUGUUCGUCGACGCAAGUGAAGCGGCGUAUGCAGCGGUGGUGUACUUCCGAACUACCAAUCGUUAUGGAACAGCGAAAUGCGCUCUAGUGUCAGCCAAAACGAAGGUGGCUCCUCUUCGAUAUGUCUCCAUUCCUCGGUUGGAACUGAUGGCCGCGGUAUUGGGAACCCGGUUGCUGGUAUUUGUGCGUUCUAAUCAUUCCAUCCGAAUCAACCGCGUCAUCUACUGGUCGGACUCCGAAGUGACUCUGGCCUGGAUCCGGUCAGAACAUCGAAGAUAUCGCCCUUUCGUAGCCUGUCGCGUUGGAGAAAUUCUUUCAUCGUCAAACGUAAACGAUUGGAGAUACGUUCCGAGCAAACUUAACGUCUCAGAUGAGGCUACCAAGUGGGGUAGUGGACCGUGCCUCAGCGCAUCAGGCCGCUGGUUCAAUGGCCCGACCUUUCUGCAACUGCCAGAGGAGGAGUGGCCUAUGCCGAAAAGAUCGCUCGCAACCACUGAUGAAGAAUUGCGAGCAUGUCAUCUGCAUCAAGAAGUGCUCAUCCUGCGUACUCCGAUAGUAUACGAACGCUUCUCCAACUGGAACCGAUUACUGCACGCAACGGCAUAUGUAAUAAGGUUUGGAACUUUUCGCAAUCAGAAAGGCACAAAAUGUAGCAUAUCGUUGAAUCACGAGGAAUUCAAGGCAGCCGAGAUAUUGCUUUGGAAACUGAUUCAGUCUGAGGUUUACCCAGAUGAGUUGACUAUUCUUACUAAAAAUAAGACAGUACCGAUCUGUGAACGACUGAUCUUAGAGAAGUCAAGCCCUCUUCGGAUGCUUACACCGAUGCUUGAUGAUGAGGGAGUUCUCCGAGUCGACAGUCGCAUUUCCGCGGCACAAGGGGUAGCGGAAGAUGUGAAGUUCCCAGUGAUACUACCGAGAAAACACCACGUCACCAACCUUAUCGUCGAUAAUUUCCAUAGGAAGCUUCUCCAUGGAAACUCCGAAACGGUGGUCAACGAAAUCCGCCAGCGAUUCUACAUUGCACAUCUGCGCACAGUAGUUCGAGGCAUCGAGAAGCGGUGUCAACGGUGCAAGGUGAUGAAAGCUAAGCCUUCAACUCCAAGGAUAGGUCCUCUUCCGGAAGCACGCUUGUCGCCUGGAGUUCGCCCAUUUACUUAUAUCGGCAUCGACUACUUUGGGCCAAUCCUGGUGAAAGUAAACAGAUCCGCAGCAAAACGGUGGGUGUGUCUGAUUACGUGUCUCACAAUUCGUGCAGUACACGUUGAGGUUGCAUAUGAUUUAUCGACGAAGAGCUGUAUCGCCUGUAUACGUCGCUUCAUCUGUCGCAGAGGGUCACCGAAAGAAAUAUACUCCGACAAUGGUCGGAACUUUACCGGAGCGGAACGAAUUCUGCAAGACUAA